UUGUGCCUGAGAAGGUCUGGGGACUGGGGACUGGGGAGGUACAUGGGUGGAUGCUCAGGGUCGUGUCCCCCCAAAUCCCCCCAAGGGCUUGGGGCAACAAGUACACAUUAGAAUGGGGAUGACUACGGAGGAUCCGUCCGCUACCUCCCAGGCUCAGCCCAUCAUCAUCAGCCCCCGGGGAAUCAACAACGUCAGCAUCAGAAGCCAACAUCGCACCAUACACACGACGCCGCUAGCACCCGUCGCACCAAGGAGGCGUCUUCCGUCCGUUCUCAGCCGCCAACUUGCACAUUCUCCAUCACUCCGUCGUCACCGGCCUGCCGCUUGCCGUGUAACGGUUAGCUUCUGUUUUCCUUUCGGCGUCUCUCUCUCUCUGUGUCAACCCCCCCCUCUUGUCUUCGAUAUCCCUUGGCUCCAAUCUCCGUCCGACCCGACCCCUCCAUUGGUGACAUAUCCCUUGGAACCAGAGUAACACUUUCAACUGAUAAAUCGAGAUCCCCCGGCGGUGGUAUAUCAAUAUCUCCCCGGUUCUGCAUCCAUCUUCGUUCUCCAUUAACCCUACCGCACACCAAGACCUCCCUUUAUCCAUCACCAACCUCGACACACUCAGUCCCACCAUGGCGUCGCACACCGAUUACACCGAUAUCAAGGCCUCGGCCAAGGAGAAUGCUGCCGGUGUCUUUGCCUACGGCCAACGCCAAGUGAACCGCGUCGUCAGCCAGGACACGCGGCAGAGGGCAUACGGCAACACCUACAAUUUCGCCCAGGAACAACCCUUCCUCUUUGCCUUCCUCCUCGUUCAACUCAUCUUCUCCUUCAUCCCCAUCCUCGUCUUCGUCUCCUUCUCCGCAUCCACCAUCGCAUUCGCUUUCGGAGUCGCCGUCGUCUUCUCGCUUUUCUGGAUCGGCGUCGCCCUCCUUGUUCUCGUUCCGACCCUCUUUUUCACCUGCUCAGUCGCCGUUCUCGUCUGGGUCUGGGCCGCCGGCAGUUUCGUCGUCGCGAAACGCCUGUACGAGAUGUCGCCCAUCCGCGCUACGGGCGAAUUGGAGGUGGACGCGCCCAACGGGAAGACGUACGCCGUCAUCAAGCACGAGGACGGGGUUGAUGCGCACGCGCACAACUAGAUUGGGAUUCUGUCCAAGGGAUACACUGGUUAGGCUACACGGCGGCUAUGGGUAUGAUUUGGCGUUGGAUGGAAUGGAUACCCGGACUGUGAACUGUUCAAGUGAUUUAGGGAGCAUCGAGUCAUCACCGGUACUGGGGGCCGCUACGAUGCACAUUGCUUGAGAAUAUAACGACCCGAUU